CCGAAAAACCCAACAAUCUUAAUCUUUGCAUCUCUCUCUCUCUCCACAUUCCUUCCCAGAUCAAAAAUCUUUCCCAUACCAUACCCGUACAUUUCAUUCCCACUUCUCCCCCACCUCUCUCCCCACUCCCUGCAUUCCACGCGCCACUCUCUCCCGCCCCAACCUUCAAACCCCUCAUUUCUUUUUAAAACCUUCCACACCUGCCAAAUAAAGGACCCUUUUUUAAAAAUAUCACAUUUAAGAAUUGCACCGUGGACAAGGGAGGCGCGUUUGCCCCACGCCCCGGUCGCGAAAAAAAAGUAAGAAAAAUACUGGAGCGAUCUUGUAACACUCACUCUCAAGUAAGAAGACCCCCAAAUCCCGGAAAAAUAAAAAUCAUAAGGAAAAGCAUCAACAACAGUGCCCACAAUAAAAAGCUGAAAAGAGAGAGAGAAAAACAAGAUCCACCUCGAACCUCUCUCCACACUCCACCCUUCGUCACCACCACCACCACUCUCACACCCUCUAAUCGAAUUCUUCUCCCAAAACGAAUCAAAUCCCAAUCUUCGCCAUCACAUCCACACCCUUUCCUUAAACCGUUAAAUUUCCAAACAACAAACAAGAACAAGAAUUUCCUCCAAUUCGAGAAAUGAGGGAAGAGGAUUCCAAUUGGUUUUCGCGAUGGGAAGAGGAGCUUCCUCCGCCAGAGGAACUCAUGCCCCUAUCCCAAACCCUAAUCACGCCCGAUCUAGCCAUGGCUUUCGACAUCAGAAACCCCCACACCUCCACCAACCCCAACACCGCCCAACAGCAUCAACACCAACAGCAGCCACCGCAACAACAACAACAACAGCAACAACCUUCCAACCCUUCAUCGCUCCCCAACCCCCAGCAACCCACCUCCAAUGACUUUGCCGACUCCGGCGAGCUCGGCUCCGGCACCGCCGGCGAGGAGCCCGCUCGAACCCUCAAGCGCCCCCGCCUUGUGUGGACCCCGCAGCUCCAUAAGCGCUUCGUCGACGCCGUCGCGCACCUCGGCAUAAAAAACGCCGUUCCCAAGACCAUAAUGCAGCUCAUGAGCGUCGAUGGUUUGACCCGAGAAAACGUGGCCAGCCACUUGCAGAAGUACCGUCUCUAUCUCAAACGCAUGCAGGGGAUUUCCGCCGCCGGACCCGGUGGACCCGGAGGCGGUGCCUCCGGCGCCGUCGCGGACCCCGCCACUGACCACCUCUUCGCCAGCUCCCCGGUGCCGGCGCAUUUCCUGCACCCCGCGACGAGGCCUAAUUCGGAUCAUUUCCUUCCGUUUGUGCCGGUGCCGGCGCUCCACCACCACCAGCAGCAACAGCAGCAGCUGGCCGCGGCGGCCCAGUACCAUAGGCAGGUGAGCCAUUUCGGGUCGCCGCCGAACGGGCACUUCGAGAACCCCUUCAUUUCUAGGCCGAAUCUUCAGAGGAUGGGUGGGGGUGGAGGUGGAGGUGGUCCUGUGCAUAACCACCACCCUGUGAGUGGCUAUGUGGAGGAUAUGGAAUCUGCUAAUGCUGCCUCAGGAGGUAGAAAGGUUCUUACUCUGUUUCCAACUGGGGAUGAUUGAUUGAAUGAAUAUUCAUCAUAUAUGAUGACGAUGAUGAUCAUGAUGACGAUGGUGAUGGUAAUAGUAUGGUACUCUUUGGUCUUUUGGGUUAUUGUUAAUGAGUUUGGUGUUGCUAAUUGGGGGUAUUGGAGUCUAGAGUUUAAGUCUGCAGAUUCAAAAGCUCCAGCAGUCAUGAUACUUCUGGUGGGUAUGGUGUAAUUAAUUAAUAACCUUGUGGGGUACCAAUAUCCGCCGCUGCUUGGGUUAACUUCUCCGUCAGCUUCAGGUGACUGACAUUCAUCAUGAUGUCACUGUUGAGCGGCAAUAGUAAUGCAACUGCCUGUAAUUCUGGGUGACAAUCAGUGGUUUCCUGGUGUUGAGGCUUCCUCUGAUUGUCUGGGAAUUGGUCUCUGGCUGGAUGAAAUCUGGAGAAUCACUGAAUGGAUGGAUUUGUGUUGGUAUUCAUGGAAGGAUUGGCAAAAGAUGCCAAUUUGGUAUUUGUGUCUGCAGGUGGUAGUAAACACGGGUUACACUUUGUAGAAACUAAUGGAAGCUAAACUCAUUGGCGUGUUUGGUUGUGAAUUCUUCGACUAAGUCCGAGAACCUCUAUUGCGAAAGACUUGUCUCCUUGGUGUUGAGUUUGUUGUGCUGCGUAGAGGUGAGUUGUACAUUGUUUGAUUCUAUAGAAGACUUGAAUGCCUGAUGUGAGGCAAUCCUUUAAUAUUCUAAUCUUACUGCCGCGUGGGGUCUAUAUGUUAGAUGAACUCAAGUAAAUCAGUUUCCAUAAUUUCUAGGUUUACCUGCUUACGAAAACAAUAAGUUCAUGUUUACUUAAUCAUGUAAUUCUCAUUUGACUGGAAUUCUCUGAUUUUCUUUUGUACCGGGACUCCUCUGAAGUCUUUUAAUUUGAUGAUUAUGUUUUUAGAGACACCA